AUGGAAAAAAAUCGAGUGAAUUAUUCGGCUGUUAAUGAUUCGAAAAUAACAAGAUAUUUGCCACUUAUCCUAUGCACAUAUUUCACUAUUCUUUUAUUUCGGAUAACUUGUUCUACAUUUUAUUUCUCUAAAGAAUCUUUCGAGGUCCAUUCAGAAACGGCAGAUCGAUUCAUAAGUAUUGUAAAAAAGUCAGGAUCUGCAGAAGUUCAGCUUCUUGAUUUUUUGAUCAUUACUGCAGUAGGAAUGGCAUUUCAUCGUAUACCAUGUGUUAAUUAUGAUGAGGAUUCAAGCAAGGAUAAUCUAAUAUCGUUUGCUAAAUCGUUUCCUCGUCUCGUAAACCAAAUCGAUUUAAAGAUUUCUGCUUGCUUUGCUCAUGAUAACUCAAAUUUGGAUGACAAAAUCUCAUUUAAGAGAAAUUCGAUGGAACAUACAUUAUGUGUUCAUAUCAAUGGCAAACAAUUCAGCGCUAUUUCAUCACAAUGGCCAAAUAUACUUGAUCUGAUAAUAAAAGCGAAAAAUUUCCUUGAUACGCAAGUGACCAAUCGAUCAAAUUUUAAAGUCACCGUCUUUGUUGACAAAAUUCUUAUCCAUGAUAUUAGAAGCAAUUUAUGGGACCAUCCUGAGAUCAAUUUGACUUUCAAACCAUUGAUGAAUCCAUCUUUCGAGACAUUUUGCUUAUUAGACCAUAUAUGUGAUUCAGUUCUAUUAUUGGCCAAGAGGACAGUAUUUGACUGGAUUAUUGCCUAUGGAAAUCAGCGUGGCAAAGUCUUCUAUCAAGAGCAGCAAGAGAUUGAUAAUAAUCCACAAAAUUUUGAUGUAAUGCAUAAUUUAAAUGUUUGGAUACCUAUAAAACAACAAUAA